GAAUUGGCGUAUAGCUCUAAUCCUUACGCCACUAUCCUGAAGAGAAAUGCGGAUAGUUGUAUUCCUGUUUUUUGUGACAACGAAAUGCUGGAGAGUAAGAGGCCGAAGAGAGCACCGAGUAUAGGUGACUGUCUUGGGAGCAACGAAAUCCGGAAUAGCUUAUCCCGUGUUCACUUCAGAGACCACGUUUUGGCUUACAGCCAGAGGUUCCUAGCCGCCGAAGCCGUGGAGCUGCAGGCUGCGGACGAGAUGAUCGGCUCGGAUAACGGCGAGAGUGCAGACGGGAUGAAGCUGGUUCAGCUCCUCAUUUCCUGCGCCGAAGCCGUGGCUUGCAGGGACAAGUCACGCGCUUCGGUUUUGCUGUCGGAGCUACGCUCCAGCGCGUUGGUUUUCGGGACGUCGUUCCAGCGCGUGGCGUCCUGUUUCGUGCAGGGGCUAGCGGACCGGCUCGCCCUGGUUCAGCCGCUCGGGACGGUCGGGUAUCUGACUCCGGCGGCGGCGUUGGAUGCCGCCGCCGCGUCGGAGAAGGACGAAGCGCUCCGGCUGGUUUACGAGAUUUGUCCGCACAUUCAAUUCGGUCAUUAUAUAGCCAACGCUUCUAUUGUAGAAGCCCUUGAGGGAGAGAGUUUCAUUCAUGUGGUGGAUUUGGGGCUGAGUUUGGGCCUUCCUUAUGGACAUCAAUGGCGGCACCUAAUCCAACGCCUCGCCUCCUCCAACCGCCCCUUGCGCCGCCUGAGGAUCACGGCGGUCGGAACAUUACUCCACCGCUUCCGAUCGAUCGGAGAAGAGCUCAAGGACUACGCAUCCGGCCACGGAAUAAACCUAGAAUUCUCAAUCGUCGAGAGCAAUUUGGAAACCCUAAAAGCAUCGGACAUAAAAAUCGUCGACGGCGAGGUCCUCGCCGUGAACAGCGUCCUCCAGCUCCACCGCGUCGUGAAAGAGAGCCGCGGCGCUCUCAACUCCGUCCUCCAAAUCAUCCACGAGCUCUCGCCGAAGAUCCUGGUGCUUGUGGAGCAGGAUUCCGGCCACAACGGCCCCUUCUUUCUCGGCAGAUUCAUGGAGGCUCUGCACUACUACUCCGCCAUUUUCGAUUCCUUGGACGCGAUGCUGCCAAAAUACGACACGAGGAGAGCGAAGAUCGAGCAGUUCUACUUCGCGGAGGAGAUUAAGAACAUUGUGAGCUGUGAGGGGCCGGCGAGGGUGGAGAGGCAUGAGAGGGUGGAUCAAUGGCGGCGGAGGAUGAGUCGGGCCGGGUUUCAAGCCGCCCCGAUAAAAAUGGUGGCUCAAGCCAAGCAGUGGCUCGCAAAGACGAGCCCCUGUGAAGGCUACACCGUCACAGAAGAAAAAGGUUGCCUCGUGCUUGGAUGGCAUUCCAAGCCCAUUGUGGCCGCCUCUUGCUGGAAAUGCUAGACAUCAGAUCCCUCACAAAUCGCAAGUUUUUAAUUCCAAUAAAAACUAGCUAUACCCAUACACCUGAUGGGAAUAGUUUCAUAAUAAUAACAAUUAAGCCCCCUAAAAUUUAUAACGUGUCGAAAAAUAGAGGUGUCCCAAGUUCAAUUUCUGAACUUGUGUUGAACAUCUCAUUACAAAAAGAAAGACGGCUAAAUGCAAUGUAACAUCUUCUCUUCAUGUGGUAGCUAGCUAGUGCAACUAUCCUUUGUGUGGUUUUGACUUUGUUUGCAUAUGAUGAUGAUGAAAAAUGUU